AUGGCAUCAACAAAUGAUACCAACAGCGAUAAGAAGAUUGACAAGUCAUCAAUUUUUCAACAUGAAAAAGAAACAGGUCAUCGAAUGGACUGGAGUAAUUUUCAAUUAGUAUGGCAAGACAAUCAUUAUUAUCGUCUGUCGACUAAAGAAUCACUGCUGAUCAAGGCUUAUGAACCUGAACUUAAUAAAACAACACACUCGGUACCAUUACUUGUCUUUCCUAGUGGUCUACCAAAAGUUCAGUUACCAAAUUUUGAUCAUUAA